GACGUGGACGCCCCCAAGGUGGCCAUCCCCGCUGACCCCUCGCCCCCACGGGGAGCCGCCCACGCAGCUGCUGCUCGACUUCGGCCACUUCACCCUCAAGGACCGACCAGGUGCCCUCUCUACGGCCUCGUGCCGCCCCCUAGAACAGACGACCCAUCGUUGGAGGGCAGUGAGGCCAUGGCGGCGGCAGCGCUGUACACGCGGUUCAAGAUCACGGCCACCGACAUCUCCAUGUCCGUCGCCGAUGGGCCUUUGACUGGCGGCGAUACCAGCAGCAGCAGCACGGUGGCACGGAUGGGAGGCGGGUGCAGGGGAGGGCGGAUCAGGGGGCUGCGUCUGGACUUGCUGCAGAAGUGUGGCCUCUCUGCCGUGCUGCACCAGCUACCCCCACCACGCGGCAUUGCCGUGUGGCUGCCGUGCCUCGCCUUCCACUACUCGCCCGCCCGCUACCGCCGCCUCAUGCGCGCCCUCCGUGCGCUCUCCCCCGCGCCGCCUCCUGCUGCUGAAGCCGACGCUGCAGAGGGCGGGGUGGCUGGCGAGGGUGAUGGGGCGGUGGCGGUGCGACCAUGGCAGCAGGCGGACCAGGCGGGCGAUGUGUGCCUGCUGCAGUGGACGCGCAUAGGCAGUGCAGCGGAGUGGGUGCCGUACUGGGCGGCACUGGUGGGGCCCACACUGUAUCUGCUGGACCACCCCGAGGCCACCAAGCCACACAAGCAAAUCAAUCUGAGCAGCGCCAUGGGGGUGCUGGACGUGCCUCCGCAGCACAUAGCGGGCUACCACCACGUCAUUGCCCUCGCUGCCCGGGGCGCUCAACCUGCCAAGGCACAUAACAUUGGUUUGGAAGUGCUGGCUGUCCUGUGCUGGGAGCAGGUGGUGCUGUCAGGGCAGGCGGUGGUGCUGCGGCUCAAGUCGGAGGCCCUCAAGGCGCAUUGGGCUGCACGCCUCACAACCGCACUCUACCAUGCCUCUGCGCCUGCCUCCAUGGACCUCCUCACCAACGAUGCCUUCUCCACCGAAGCACCUGAAGAAGCACCUGGGGGAGGGUAUGGGGGCGGGAUCAGGGGGCGCGCAGGAGAAGCCGUUCCUCUACAUCAUGGGCGCGCGCUGGACGACCUGCGCCUCGCCAUCAGCUCCGUUGGCGCUGGGGCCCUCGCCCCCACCUGCCGCCUCAUGGCACGCUCCCUGCUCGCCCCCCAUGCCGCUCCCACUGCUGCUGCUGCUGCUGCUCCGCGCAAAGGAGGGGGACACGCGGGCGGGGAGGAGCAGCAGAAGGGGCAGGAUGGGGGGGAGGGGGUGCCUGUCAGUGGCGGGAGCGGCGGUGGUGAGAGUGGUGGUGGAGGGAGUGGCAGGCACGCGGGUGCAGAUGUGGCGCCUGGGGCUGAGCAGGUGGCGCCAGACAUGAGCACACGGGAGACACUGGAGGGUGCUGCUGAGACAGGGGAUGAGGGAAUGAAAGAGGAGGGCACGGAAGGCAAGGAGAGCGAGGAGAGCAAGCAGGGCAAGGAGGAAGAUGAGGACGAGGAGGAUGAGGAUGAGGAUGGCUUUGCAGACGCAGAGGCGGAGUUCCUGCUGUCGCCCACGUCGUCAGGGGCGUCCACGCCACGCCACGGCGCAGCAACGCUUGAGGGCGAUGGAGGCGGGGGGUACAACGGUGCAGCAGAGUUCUUUGACGCGCGUGACUUCGCUCUGGAUGACGGCGACGCGGCCAUGUGCCCAGCUUUGGCCGCGCGGGGGCGGUUGCUGCCCGACAUGGGGUGGCAGCACGCAGAGGCGAGCAAGCGACGUGCGCCCAGCUGCACUGCGAGACACGAAACAGUCUGA